AUAGAGAAACGUCAACGUGCAAAACCCAAGAGUCAGUACGGUGUUUUAAUAACGAUGGAUAUGAAUGACAUCUAAAUGUAAAAAAAAAAAAAAAAAAAACAGAGGCCAUGGAGUUAAAAUGGGAUGUAGAAGAAGCUGCAGCCGCUCCUCCUUAUGUUUUUUCCAGAGAUUUGUUUGAAAAGUUCACUCUGGCGCCUAACGUCAAAGAACUGUUCGCUCUUUUACACAGCUCUGGUGUAAAACCAGAGGACGCCGGUCAAAAAGAGGCAGAUGCAGAAUCACUGACAGCGAAGUGUGAUGAGGAUUCAGUUCGUAACGUCUUGGCUGCAGAUGAGGCCACGGCUGAAUGCAAACCAACUCAAAAAACCAAAUCUAAAGCCAAACCCGAGAAGAACUCUGAUGUUUCAACUUUUCCUGAACCUUUAGUCCCGUACCCCUGCUUCACCAAGAUCAACGCAAAAGAGCGCAGAUCAUACCUCAGCAUGCUCAAAACCAGGAAUUAUAAGAAAGCUUCAAAGCGUUUGAUGGAGCUGGUGAGGAAUGAAGCGACAGAGUUCAUGAAAUACCUGCAAGAGGUUUCCAGAUUGCAGGCUGAUGGGUACAACUACAUGCCAGCAGAUGCCACCCGCUACACUGAGGAAUAUUUUACCGCCUGCUUGGAUCAUGUGAAGAGUUACCCACAGGUUUACGGUAUUCAGGAGAUUACAAGUCUGACCAGUCUAAAAAUUGUGUGUACAAUAUCGCUCAACUUUGAGAAACAGAUUCUGGCGAUGGGUAAAACAGAUAUGGUAAAAGAAAACGCGAUACCAGCAAACACUCAGCUUGCUGUAGAUUAUGAGACUGUGGCGAAAGUGGUUCCUCCAGCGAAAAAAGCGCAUGCUGUACACAAUGCCAUCAGCAGUGACGGUAAUGCAGAAAAGCUGAGCGCUAGAUACGAGCCACACGUGUGUUUAGCCAAAGAGGCCUUCGUUCAGCUGCUGAACAACAGCUCUGAGCUCACUGAAUCAUGGGAGCUGCCAGUGUGGGUCAGAAUGAAUCCUGGGAAAGGCAGCUGUCAGAGUAAGACGACGUUCAUCGAUGCUCCGCUGCUGAAGACAGAGAUAAGCUGCAGAGAGAGGAGUUUGCUGUUCCACGAGGAGAGCCUGAAGCUGCUCGUUUCCAAGACUUCAACACGACCGGUGUUUUUCGUCACUGGAGAAGAGCUGAGCUUCGAAAGCACUCCUCCUGCUGAGGAUAAAACCUCCAGAAGUGUGGUGACGUUUGAUGACACUAGUAUGGAUUUUGAGACUGACCUCACAGAUCUGGAGUCCUUCGGCGAGUCCUACAAGCCCACUAAGAAAACAAAGGACCAAAAUAAAAAGAAAACAACCAGUCAAAAUCCGAAUGCAGCUCCAUCUCAACUUACCCCAAGCCCCAAGAAACUCACAGACUCUUCAGAUGCAAAAAAACCCACCUCACCGUCUCAAAACACUCCAGAAUCUGUGCCUGAAGAACAAGGUCAAACAAAGACGACUCUGGAUGAUCAAGGAAAGACUGCUGAACAUAAAAAUGAAGAGUCCGAAACGCCCUCCGUUCAGUGUCCGCCUGCCAAGCGGCCAAAAUCCUUGAAGGACGACCAAACAGAGCCAGAUUCAGAUUCGGAUGAAGGACGACUGAUCAUUGACCACAUUGUUUCCCCACAGAGACCUCCAGUCCAGGAGCCAGCAACAUCUCUCGAACCAGCGGCUCCAAGUCCCGCAAACCCGCUGGGGGGCAAAGGAGUCAAGAAGGGCGUCAAGCGGCAGAGAAUUUCAGGCGAGUGUGAUCAGCUCGGGCAGAUCCUGAAGAUGCAGGACGCCAUGCUCAAAUCCACACCCAGCAAGAGCCAGGAGCCCGUCAAAGCACAGGUCCCGGAAGAGAAACAUCCUGAAGUGAAGAGCCACUCGCUGGUCAAAACUGGUGUGUCGUCGUAUCUGGAGUCCAGAGAGGGACAGGAGGAGGAUGGAUCGCUGCCUGCCGACACUCCUGUGAUGCUGUCCGCUCAGAAAAAACGUCUUCUGCGGGAGGAUCUUCAGGCCAGUGCAGAGGAUGAGUUAGACUAUGAUCCUCCAGCAGAGGGCAGUGUUUUCUACAAACUCUACAGUCUACUGGACGUCCUGCUAAUGGUGCGCAGCAGUGUGGACAUCGCUCACCCGAAACACGACAGAAAGACCUUCAGGGCCGUUCCUGUGCACAUUUUACCCAAGCUGGAGUAUCAGCUGUGUUACGGAGCCGAGAGUUUAACCCACACAGAGGCCUGUCAGCUGUGGGCUGAGAAACUGCUCCACUCCAGCACCGAGUCCUUCAUCAGUCGCAUUAAUGCACACACUUCAGAAGUGGCUCAGAUGCAGAAACUGCCCGACGACUGGAUUCAAAACCUCACCUGUGACUUCAAGCCAGCUAGAUGUCUUAACACCCUCUACCACUUACUAAAAAAAGUCUCAGCGUUGCAGGAAGGUCGUUACAUGCUGGUCCACAAACCUCGUGAGGGAUUUGUAACCAUCUAUAAAGCUAGCGAUGAAGCAAAGGCUGUGCGGGGUGUGUUGAACUUACAGGCCACACACUGCGGACCCCCACCUGUACCUCCAGGAGUCCCUUGGGUUCCUUUGGACCCUACGCACGUCCUGCCAUUUCACCAGAAACACAACAGACCACCCUGCACCUUCCCUCCACGUCCAGCCCCUCAGCCAAAAGUUAAGACGGGACCAAAGCAAAGACAGAGAAAAAAAGCUUGCAGACAACCACAAAAAAGCAACGCAUCAGCCAAUCCCAAUGACUCACCAAAGACGAAGAAGAAACAAGCUGCUCGAAUGAAACUAUCACUGCUGGACAACAUGAGGGACAAGCUGCUGAAGGACCUACAGACCAGUGAAGAUGAAUAGACCCCCGUAUUGAUGUGUGUCAUUGUGAUUGUUCGUUUUUAAGCACUUCGUAUAAAUUGAUAUGGUUUACAAACAUAAUAAUAAUGCGUAUACAGUAAA